AUGUCCUGCCCCGCUCACUUUGGCUCAGUUCUGCAGGGGAGCUUGGCCGAUAGUAGAGACAGCUCCCCUUUGGCCACCGCUUCAGCCACUAAAAACAAAACCCUCUUUAGCAGCGCAGAGAAGGAACAGGUGCGGAGGAGAAGCGCGCCUGAGCCACUUCAGGAGGAAAGGGCUCUGCUCACUGGGGGCAGCGACGUGGCUCCCAGGCCCUCCGAAGCAGCCAGAGGAGCCCUCGGAAACAGCCCUCCGGCUCUAACACGCAGUCACGGCGCCGGGGAUCCUGUUGGAUGUGGAUUUGGGGGCCGCGGGUCAGGCGCGCGGCGCGGCGUCCCUGCCAGCACCCGGGGGAGGGCUGCGCCGGGCCGCGGCCCACACUCGGGGCGGCGGAGCCCUACACAGGGCCCAGGUCGCCGGCCCGCCGAGGGCCCGCGGUCAGAACCCGCUGCGGCCCGAGCAGGAGACACGGCUCGGCGAGCGAAGGCCGCCCAGUACCAUGGCGCCUUCACCGGCCGCCGGGCAGGCUGGGGAGCGCCGACGGGGCGCCAAGGACCGGGCUUUGCGCUGCUAGUUCGCGAGGGGUUCCUAGUCCACCGCGCGCGUCAGAUUCCAACAAAGAACUGCGGGGCGUUGGAGACGAGGAGCCGCAGGCAAGCGCGUAUCGCUGACACAGCAGCGGUGAGUGAUGUCUGGGCAAACUUCGAGGGAGGCGCUGGGCUCCGCAGAGAGCACGGCGGAGAGGGGAUCCACAGCAACGGGGCUGACGCGUCUGUGGGGCGGAGGGCCCUCCGCGCCGCAGAGCCGGCCGAGGAGCCCGCCUCAGCCCGGGCCGCUUCGCCGGCCGGCGGGAAGUUUUCCACCCCCGGGCGCGCGUGGGCGUUGCGCGUCCGGGGUGAGCGCCCCCGGGUCCGCGCUGCAGCCGCCGGGAGGGAGCUCCGAGCCGGGGCGUCGCCAGGGCGGCAGAGGCAGGCGGUGAAGCGCCGCUCCUGCCUCGCCUCAGGGCGAGCCGCACCCGGCAGCGCGUCCCUUUAA